AGCAGAUGCUCUCCCUUAAUCUCUUCGCACACCACCCCCUUUGACUCCCUCCUCCAACUCACCCGCAGUAACGACCCCGCCCGCCUCUCCUUCCUCGCCUCCCUCUCCACCUCCUCCGUUCCCAUCGCCUCUGGACAACACAUCGUCGACACCGCUAUCUAUCUCCUCCGCGCCAGCAUCGGCUCCCCACCUCAAUCCCUCUAUCUCGCCCUCGACUCCGCCGCCGAUGCCUCCUUCCUCUCCACCUCCAACUUCUCCUCUUCUUCCACUUUCCAACCGCUCCCUUGUUCCUCCUCCCUAUGUUCCCUCUUCACACCCCUCCCCUGUUCCUCCCCUUCCUCUCUCUGCACCUACAACCAAUCCUACGGCGGCGACUCAUCCUUCUCAGCCGCUCUCGCCCAAGACACCCUCCACCUCGCCGGCGACACCAUCCCAGCUUUCACAUUCGGCGCCGUCACCUCCGCCACCGCCGGCCCUUCUUUCCCGAAACAGGGCCUCCUUGCCCUCGGCCGAGGCCCUGCCUCCCUCCUCUCCCAAACAACUUCUCUCUACCACUCCGUCUUCUCCUACUGUCUCCCUAGCUACAACUCCUACUACUUCUCCGGGUCCCUCCGACUCGGCCCGCUCCGUCAGCCCGUGCGCAUUCGCUCCACUCCUCUCCUCUUCAACCCCCACCGCCCCUCCCUCUACUACGUCAACCUCACCAGCGUCAGCGUGGGUCGGGUUCGUGUCAUAACCCCACCCAACGCAUUCGCGUUCGACCCGAACACCGGCGCCGGCACCGUAGUAGACUCCGGUACCGUCAUCACCCGCUUCGUGGCGGCGGCUUACACCGCCAUACGCGACGAGUUCAGGCGGCAAGUGAACGCGACAAACGGAUACGAGUCGCUGGGCGCGUUUGACACCUGCUACUCGACAGCGACUAAUGAUGGAAUCGUGACGGCGCCGCCGGCGGUGACUUUGCAUCUGGACGGGUUGGAUCUCGUGUUGCCAGCGGAAAACUCGCUGAUUCAUAGCAGUGGGCGGCCACUGGCGUGUUUGGCGUUGGCGGCGGCGCCAGCGAAUGUGAACGCGGUGGUGAACGUGAUCGCGAGCUAUCAGCAGCAGAAUCACAGGGUUCUGGUCGACGUGCCUGGAGCCAGAGUAGGGUUUGCGCGGGAAUUAUGCAGUUAAGCGGUUUUUCGUACGUGGGUGCAGAAAUGGGUGGACUUUCGGGUGUGUUUUAGAUAAUAACGGGCCCGUGGGACCAGCGUUUCACGGGAGCGUGAGGGAGGGCUGAUGCUUUUGUUUGAUUGUGAAUUGCGGUAUGGCAAUAAUUGUCGCUAUUGUUCGUCUCGUCGAGGUUAAAUUUGUAACUUGUA